GACCAUUUGAUCGAUUGCCAUUACCAUUCCACUACCGGCUUCCAUCGCAUUCACAAAUAUAGAAACCCUAAUUCUUUCUCUGCCACUUUUCAAUCAGAAAAUAACAUAGCAUUUGAAUGUUGAUUUCCCAUUUUUUUCAUUUCUGAGGCCGUGUUGAAGUCUGAAAUGGGUACGCCACUUAUAGCCGGGAUUGCUGUUGCUGCUGCUGCUCUAGCAGGUAAAUAUAGUAUUCAGGCAUGGCAAGCAUUCAAAGCAAGACCACCAACUGCCAGAAUGCGAAAAUUCUAUGAAGGAGGUUUCCAACCAAAAAUGACUCGCAGGGAGGCAUCACUUAUUCUCGGAGUCAGGGAAAGCACUCCGCCGGAUAAGGUAAGGGAAGCUCACAGGAAGGUAAUGGUGGCAAAUCAUCCCGAUGCAGGUGGUAGCCAUUACCUUGCUUCUAAGAUUAAUGAAGCUAAAGAUGUGUUGCUUGGGAAGUCUAAGAGCGGCAGUGACUCAGCCUUUUAAUCUUUACCCCAGAGCAGCGGCAGUUUUUUUGACCCUGCGAGUAGCGCCUGCCCUUCAAAGUCGAUUGUCAACAAUUACGUGAGGGUAAGAUGUUUCUCAAUUUUAUUACCAGAAAAAUAUAUUCUUUGAGCAGGGGUGUAAUCUUUGAUGUGCUUGAAUCGUAGUGUAUCGACUACAGUGAACCAACCUUGUGCUAUCUCUGUCCUACUCUAAUUUCUAAGCUUAGGAUGUGUAUAAGUGAAGAAUUGCUUUGCUUUAUGUGCUUUUCGAGGAUUGCAAUAAAUUAGUAGAUAUGAAUGGAUUGACUUCGGAAUUUCA